CCCUGCUGGGGUUGGCAGAUUUUGGCUGGGAUUGACCUUUCUCUUCAAACAGAUCCGAAACUCAGAAUUUCCUGCUAGUUGGUGAAACUGGUUGCUAGACGCGAUGUGCUCGCUACUACCGGCCUCCCCUGGCUGUUCAAAGCAGAUGGUGGCUGAGGUUUCUUCAAUACCUGCUGCCUCCGCUAUGAAGAAGCCAUUUGGUCUCAGGAGCAAGAUGGGCAAGUGGUGCCACCACUGCUUCCCCUGCUGCAGGGGGAGCGGCAAGAGCAACCUAGGUGCUUUUGGAGACCAGGACGACUCCGCUAUGAAGACACUUAAGAGCAAGAUGGCCAAGAGGUGCUCCCACUGCUUCCCCUGCUGCAGGGGGAGUGGCGAGAGCAUUGUGGGCCCUUCUGGAGACCAGGACGACUCCGCUCUGAAGACGCACAGGAGCAAGAUGGCCAAGUGGUGCUGCCACUGCUUCCCUCGCUGCAAGGGGCGCGGGGAGAGCAACGUGGAAGCUUGGGAAGACUACCACGACAGCGCCUUCAUGGAGCCCAGGUACCACGUCCGUGGAGAAGAUCUGGACAAGCUCCACAGAGCUGCCUGGUGGGGUAAAGUCCCCAGAAAGGAUCUCAUCGUCAUGCUCAGGGACACUGACGUGAACAAGACGGACAAGCAAAAGAGGUAACCGGGCCUGGGCUGGGA